CAGAAUUUAAAACGGUGGCGAGAGUGAUUUGGGGACGCUACAAACAAGAGAGCCACAGUCGGGCUCAGGGUGAAGAUAGCGCGAUGCCUUGGGCCACAAGAGAAAACCGAACUCCCAGAUGGCAGAUGUUUGCUUCGGGCGGUCACCCUGGCCCCUCGACGCCUGUCCGGCAUAGAGACGACGGCAAUUGAGCGCCAGUGAGGUCAAGGUGGUGUCCUGGGAGCCCAAUAUUGGCUUUGAAAAAUGCCAAGUCUGAACAUGAGCCUCGAGGCCUCCCCUCCAGGGAGCGAGGUCCUCGGGUUGGUGGAAGGGGCCCACGCUGCCCAGAUGGCACCCACAGGCCUGGCAUCCCAAUGAGCUAGAAAUUCGGCCAACACUAAAGGGUCAAAGAAGGAGCCGCAGGAAGAGGAUGGCGGACUUAAGAAAGUUGUUAGUUUAGAAAAAGAAAGGAAGAAAGAAAGCAAAGGAAAAUUGGCUCUGUUGCCUGCCCGCUGCCCCCCACCCCCGCCUGCCCCUCUGGAAUCCAGUCCAGGCUUUGCACCGCGCCCACAGCCCGACGCAGCCCGGCCUCUGGCGAGAGCCAAUCAGAGGGCGCCUCUCAGCACGUGGAGGAGAGAGACUCCAGAGCUCAGCGCCCGCUGCUCACUACACUUGUUACCGCUUGUCCUGAGCGCGGAGAGGGCGAGCUCCGGCCGCGGGCAGGGCGGGAGCCGGCAACCGGCAACCGAGUGAGGCGGAGAGACACAAAGAUCGCAAUAAUAUCCGUUAUAAACAGCUAUCUAACCCCACUCCCAACACACACCCAUCCAUCCCACCCUCCGGAGAGGCAGCCCGCGAUCCGCUCUCUGCGCCCUGGGAAAAAGCCCCAGCCAUGAGCAAUCAGUACCAGGAGGAGGGCUGCUCCGAGAGGCCCGAGUGCAAAAGUAAAUCUCCAACUUUGCUCUCCUCCUACUGCAUCGACAGCAUCCUGGGCCGGAGGAGCCCGUGCAAAAUGCGGCUGCUGGGAGCCGCGCAGAGCUUGCCUGCACCGCUGACCAGCCGCGCCGACCAGGAAAAGGCCGUGCAAGGCUCCCCCAAGAGCAGCGGCGCCCCGUUCGAGGCCGAGCUGCACCUGCCACCCAAGCUACGGCGCCUGUACGGCCCGGGCGGGGGCCGCCUCCUCCAGGGUGCCGCAGCAGCGGCGGCGGCGGCUGCGGCAGCGGCGGCAGCGGCCGCCACGGCCACGGCGGGUCCACGGGGGGAGGCCCCUCCGCCGCCACCGCCAACCGCGCGGCCCGGGGAACGGCCGGACGGCGCAGGGGCCGCUGCGGCUGCUGCAGCCGCGGCCGCCGCAGCCUGGGACACGCUCAAGAUCAGCCAGGCGCCGCAGGUGAGCAUCAGCCGCAGCAAGUCGUACCGCGAGAACGGGGCGCCCUUCGUGCCGCCGCCGCCCGCGCUGGACGAGCUGGGCGGCCCGGGGGGCGUCACACACCCGGAGGAGCGUCUCGGCGCGGCCGGUGGCCCGGGCAGCGCCCCGGCUGCGGGUGGCGGCACCGGCCCCGAGGACGACGAGGAAGAACUGCUGGAGGACGAAGAGGAUGAGGACGAGGAAGAAGAGCUGCUGGAGGACGACGAGGAGGAGCUGCUGGAGGACGACGCCCACGCGCUGCUCAAGGAGCCCCGGCGCUGCGCUGUGGCCACCACUGGCGCCGUGGCCGCAGCAGCUACCGCUGCAGUGGCCACCGAGGGCGGGGAGCUGUCACCCAAGGAAGAGCUGCUGCUGCACCCGGAAGACGCUGAGGGCAAGGACGGCGAGGACAGCGUGUGCCUGUCUGCCGGCAGCGACUCGGAGGAGGGGCUGCUGAAACGCAAACAGAGGCGCUACCGCACCACGUUCACCAGCUACCAGCUGGAGGAACUGGAGCGGGCCUUCCAGAAGACGCACUACCCGGACGUCUUCACCAGGGAGGAACUGGCCAUGAGGCUGGACUUGACUGAGGCCCGAGUCCAGGUCUGGUUCCAGAACCGUCGAGCCAAGUGGCGCAAGCGGGAGAAGGCGGGCGCGCAGACCCACCCCCCAGGGCUGCCCUUCCCCGGGCCGCUCUCUGCCACCCACCCACUCAGCCCCUACCUGGACGCCAGCCCCUUCCCUCCGCACCACCCGGCGCUCGACUCUGCCUGGACUGCCGCCGCUGCCGCUGCCGCCGCCGCCUUCCCGAGCCUACCUCCGCCUCCGGGCUCGGCCAGCCUGCCGCCCAGCGGGGCGCCGCUGGGCCUGAGCACUUUCCUUGGAGCUGCAGUGUUCCGACACCCGGCUUUCAUCAGCCCCGCGUUCGGAAGGCUCUUUUCCACUAUGGCCCCUCUGACCAGCGCGUCGACCGCGGCUGCGCUCCUGAGACAGCCCACACCCGCCGUGGAGGGCGCAGUGGCAUCGGGCGCUCUGGCCGACCCGGCCACGGCGGCUGCAGACAGACGCGCCUCUAGCAUAGCCGCGCUGAGGCUCAAGGCCAAGGAGCACGCGGCGCAGCUCACGCAGCUCAACAUCCUGCCGGGCACCAGCACGGGCAAGGAGGUGUGCUAAAGGCUGCCCUCCACCCCUGCGCCCUGCGCGCGCCCCUAAAGGUCACCUCACUCAGCACCACUCAAGACCAAAUGGAAACAGAGGACCAGCACACUCCCGAGACGGCACUGAGAGAGCACAGCCGCCUUCGCAGCAGUCUGGACAUGGGCGAGGCAGCCCACGGCGCUCCGGGACGUGGCACCUCCUCGGCUGGCUGUCCCCCACCCCCUGCCCCUUCCCCUGUCACUGCCAACCUCGCUCCAACUCCAACGUCCACUCUCUCCCGUUCUUACUUUCCUGAAAAUAUCGGGGAAGUUUUUUCCCCUAGACGCCUGAUAUUGAAGUAAAAAAAAUUUAAAAACCCAAACUUUCUUCCUCCUGACACCCCACUUAGCUUUUUUUUUCUUUAAUAGCAUUUUGGCGCUCGAAGUUGAUCUCCCCAGCGUGGGCCCCAGCUUGAAGCCAGGGUCCGGGAAGCGAACGCGAGCCUGUAAGAUAGCUAACAGUGCACUUAAAGCAAAGGGGCGUCUUGUUCUUGUUCUCUUCUUUAUCAUACACCAACCAAGGUUUUUAUAUCAAACCAAAGGGAAAUACUCUGCUAGAAUAUGGACUGUUGAAGUCACCAAACUGUGAUUAUUGAUUCUGUACAUACCAUUGUUAUUAAAAAAAAAAAAAGAACAGAGCUUUGUAUAUUUGAAAUGUUAUAACGCAAUUGCACUCAGCGUGGUAUGGUAAAAGUUUGUCCUCCUGUAGAUUCUUACUGUGUUGUAGAUACGGUAGGGUUCCUAGACAAAUAUUUAUGUACUCAAGCCCUUUAUUUAACUUAUUAACUGUAGAGGCUUCCGAAACCUUCAAGAUAAAGGCAAUGGUACAGUACUUUUGUGUAAUGUGUAAUUGUUAUCACUUUUCCUUGCUAUCUAGUGGAGAAGUGUCACGCUCAAAAUAAAAAAAUUAUAUGUUUAACAAAA